AUGCAUCUAUGCGAAGCACCGUCACGCUCCGUCGAGAUUUCCUCGGAGAAGAUCCUCUCUUUCUUUCGUGACAUGGGUCGGAUGCAGAGGAUUGGGAUCGCCGCAAAUUCACUCUACAAGGCGAAACAAAUCUGUGGGUUCUGUCAUUUAUACGACGGUAAGGAAGCUUUAGGUGUCGGAAUGGAGGCAGCGAUUACUAAAAAAGACGUGAUUAUUACAUCGUAUCAUGACCAUUGUACUUUCAUUGGUCGUGGAGGUGAGCUUGUUGAUGCUUUCUCUGAGCUUAUGGGGAGGAAAAAAGGUUGCUCUAAUGGUAAAGGAGGAUCUAUGCAUUUCUAUAAGAAGGAUGCUUCGUUUUACGGUGUAGAUGGGAUUGUUGGUGCUCAGAUUCCAUUGGGAUGUGGUUUGGGUUUUGCUCAAAAUUAUUCGAAGGAAAAAGCUGUGAUAUUUAAUUUGUACGGUGACGGUGCUGCGAAUCAGGGACAAUUAUUUGAGGCUUUGAAUAUGCUGCUCUUUGGGAUUUGCAUGCGAUUCUUGUUUGCGAGAAUAACAAAUACAUUGUAUUUUCUUACAAAAUAA